CCCACCUCGUCCCACAUUUGAUUAGAAGGAUCCUGGCAUUUACACUCGUUCGUGGCGGCUGAGCAAUUUAGAAAUGUGAAAGUGUUACACGGAUUAUCAUCAAAAUCACACUUUGCAUUAUAAUUCAGAAGGCAUUUCAACUCUCCUGGCUUUCCGGGGGUAUAGCCCUCCUCACAAGAACAAGAUGUACGACCAGUAGUACCAUUUUCGUGGGAUUUAGUACAUUUCAUUCCCGGAUAGCAGGACAAAGGGGGUGACGACAGGCUACUUGACGCGUUUACAAUUACGCAAGGAAACCCUAGCCCGACCAAACAAUCUCCACCCGUCCCUGGUAAAAAUCCUUCCUUACAUUGGCAAAUUCCCACCUGACCAAUAUUCUCGGCGAUGCAGGCAGCAUUCUUAAUGACGUUACACCCAUUUGAGUAAUAUAAAUGACUCAAAUCUUUUGUUAAUUAAAAAAAAAUUACUAUAAAAUAGUUAUAUAACAUAUUUUCAUUAGUGAAGGCAAUAUCAUGCAUGUACAUAUGAAAAAAAUGAAUUUGCAUGCAUCUGCGUCGCCCAAGAAAGAUUGUUAAGGGACAAAGGUGUUUCUGUGGCCUGAAUUUUUACCAUGUUGCCGGCAUGGAGGAUUUGUGGAAUUUGUUUUAAAAAAUCGUACAAGUCUUCUUCAUUUUUAUGUAUAUCUCAUAAAUCCUCCAUGCUGGCAUCCAUGCGAAAUUCACAUCCUAAGGGGGUGGGUUAUGACAAAAUAUGAAAAGAAUGAGUGUAUAUGCAUUUGCGCUUGCCAAGGAAUUUUGAACUUUGUUGAACUAGUUUCAGUUAUUAAAAUGCGUAUUAAUUAGUCUUUCAUCAACUAAUGAUAAAGAGAAUGCGUACAUGUGGAUAUUUCCCCUGGUUGGCAAAGUACAUAAGAAAUUCAUACUCUGCUGUGGUGCUUAUUAUGAUAAAUAAUUUGCAAAAAAAAUACUUACAUAUCAUUUGUAAUUUACAAAACUGUGCUUAUGUAUGUAUGUAUGCGAAAGUUGGUGCUUUUGCAAACAUUUUCAUGGUUUCAUUGCACCAGACGCAGACGCCACUUGACACGAUGACAAUACUUGCAUAAGAUUGUAUAAGUCUCAGAUUCGUCUAAUCAGUUAAUUUAUAACCCAAUAAGAAAAUAUAUUGCUCUACCAACUUACCAACCGUACAAUUGAGUUCGUCGCUGCCAUCCUAAUUAAUUCAAACAAGAUUUAUGAACUGAAUGUGUUCUUUGUUUGCAAAAAGUAAAACUGCGACAAUAUCAAUAUAGAAAAUAAACAUUUUUACUUCGCAGUCAAAGGUAUGGUCAUUGUACAUGCAUAAAUAUAUUUUCCAAAUUAUAACAAAACGUUUGACGGAUUGCUUAAAAUGGACGCCAGAAGUGAGUCGAAAGCAAGCAACCAGGUUUUCCGUGUUGUAUCCUGUCAAACUGCUGUGCAGUAUUUUUUAACAAGUGCUCCCAAUCACAGCCCCACUACCACGAACACUCUGGAUGUUUUUAAUUGUUCCUCCACAAAAUUAAUUGUUUAAGCUAGAAGAAAUGUCGACUCGAAAAUUCACGGAUAAGGAUAACGACGACAAUAUAUGGAAUUUCAAGAAUCUACAACAAUGGGAGCAAGAAGCGGAGGAGGCUGAACGAACACUAAUAAAUUCAAGAAAGACAGGCUACGACGAUGAGGAAGAUUUUAAGCCGGAGAAAAACUUCCAACUCCCAAAUCAGGGUGGCAAACCUAACUUUGGAGGAAGUUCAAAAGCAAAUAGGAUUGAAUUUAUGCCACAUCGAACCUCCCACACCCUGUCUGGAGCUAAACGGAAGAAAGGUUCUGAGGAGAACAAUGACGCAAGUUCUAAAAAAUCGGCAAACUCCAAAAUUAAACCAGACGUAGGUACUUUAGUAAAACCACAGGUUACUCAGCGCUUGCCGAAAGAAGAACAAUCAUCUAUAUGUAUCAAUCAACAAACAUUGUCCCCCGACAAGAACGAACCAGAUCGCUCCAGAUCGAACCAGAUCGCUCCAGAUCGCUCCCUCAAAUGUAUGAAGUAUGGAAGGCAUGGGCUCCUGUUUUAUCAGGAGGGGGAUGAACUUAUUGCAAAUCAAAGAAUUUUUGUCCAACCACUCCGAGGAAAGGACAAGCAACUAAAUGGGCAUAUUCUAAUAAAUUUUUCGAACACAAGUAUUUCAUGUCUCAUGGCUUCGAACAGCAGAAAAUCCCGCUCUAGUGCCGAUCUUGACGAUGAUGAAAGUUCAUCCGGAUGCGGCGUUGGCUAUUUCCUAAGAAAUGGGAGCAUGGAUUAUAAUCCUAAAGAAGCCUACUACGUUGAUAUCUACAUGACGACGAAUGCAGUGGCUACAUAUGUUAAAAUGGGUCUCAGAGGAAUGUUGGACGCUGUUUGCGUCCACUGUCCAUCUGAGGACUAUAUGCUGUGCCUGCCUUUUGCGAAACAACUCGUGGAUAUUUUAGGCCAAAACCCCAAUCUUGCGAAAAUUGUUCCGACUGCUGACUUUGUUCAAACCAAGCAACCGUUCUCAAAGUUCACAGUAGCUUCAAUCUCUAACUACGGGUUUUGGAAACGACCCUCCGAUUCAAACGAACAGAUCACGGUGAACUCUACAUCAUUCAUUUGCAUGGAGAAUCCAGAGUACCAGGAGCAAAAAUGUAGACAAAUCUUGCAUAAACCAUGGGGAGAAAAUGGUGUAAUAUUUUAUGAAGAAGGCGAUUCCUUUGACGAAAUACACAAGCUGUACUUCACGCCCCUCCGUGGAGAAGAUAAAAAGUACAACGGUCAUCUUCUGAUUGGCUUCACAACCUACGAAUCUGUAUGCCACGGAGCAUCCGCAUGUUUGCACCAGUCACUUGGUCACGGCCAGGGGAAAACCAGAGGUUGCGGCAUUAGAUAUUUUCUACAAAGUGGUAAGAUGAUCUACUUUGGUGAUGACUCGAAGCCUCUAAACGUGUAUAUGACAUCCAACCAUGGUGCUGUGACGUUCAAAAUGGGCUUAAGAGCCGCUCUAGAUGCUGUGUGUAUUCACUCACCAUGUCGCAGAUUUCUUGAUAUUAAGCCGUACUUCGCACCCAUAUUGGACGUCUUGAAAAACAUCCCUGAAAUCAGAGUCAUCCUCCCUACUUUGGACCAACUCAACCGAAAAGUACCCUUCUCACGUUUUACCGUCGCUUCGAUCGCAAACUUUGGUUUGUUUAUUCGUGGAUCGGAAGUGACGCCAAACACCCCAUGGAAUUUCCAUCUUGACAAACUCAGUGACAUCCUACUUGAUGCUUCAAAGACAAGCCAGCAAUUAAUGCAUAUGAAUAAUUUUGAAGAUCGACAAGUCUUACAGGCGAUCAAGGAAAACAAAACAAAAGAACAAAACCUCCUCGAUCAAGAAAACUGUGCCAUUAUAGAAUGGUUGAAGACGAACUACAUUGCUUCCAAAGAUCAUUUCGUGUAUAAGAAUGACGUGUAUUUUCAUUACAAGAAUUCAACAAGAAAUCAGACUACGAUUAGUAAAAUGGCUUUCGGUAGGAAGGUUGGUAAAACCUUUAAAGAGAUACACGCGACGAGAGCAAAGGAUGGAAAAUCCAAGCAUAAGGGAAUUGAAAAAGUGGAGGUAAACCAAGCCGACUCUACUGCAAUGUUGUCGGAUUUGGAUGGCCAAUAUGUCCAGCGAGAUGAUAUGGACAAACGAUCAUCUCGUGCGUCACGUCAAAUAACAUCAACUGUUCUAACACACGAUUGGAUCUUGCGCAACUUUACCAUGGAGGAAAACGAAGAAGUGUUAAAAAGUGAUGUGUACCCGUUGUACGUUGAAAAUUUCGGACAUGAUAAACCUUUAAGCAUAAACUUCUUUAAUAUGGAACUUAAAACAUGUUUCCCGAAUAUAGGAAUAGUAAGACACCAAUACAACGGUCCUGGAUCCGCCAAACGGUAUUAUAAAAAUUUGAAGUACGUCGGAUCCCAAGUAUUAUAAUUCUAAGUCUGUUAUUAUAAUUCUAACUUUGUUAUAAAAAAAUGCAUAUGACUUAUUAGUUUGUUUGGUUAAGCUAUGAACCAUUAUGUAGCAAUAGUUGUAUACAUAUGAAUUAGUUGUUUAAUUUACCACAUUUUCAUUUAUAAAGUACAAAUGUAUCUUUGUUCAAUUUUUGCAUAACUAUAUGUACCAUUGAAUAAGUUAUAACUUUGACUGCCAGGUAAAGAUGCUUAUUUUCUUUAUUGAUAUUAUCGCAGUUUUACACAUUCAGUUAAUAAAUCUUGUCAGAAUUAAU